GCCGAUCCCCACAAAGAGGGUCUGUGUGUCGAUGCAGUUUAUCUAUUGCCAGGUACCCAGAGGGGCACGAGCAAAGUUCUUCGAGCUGCCACUUCAGAGACGGCGAAAGAAAAGGCACUCGAACCAGCCAUGCGUGCUUCCUCCGAGCGAUCCUCCACCGAUGCCAUGGCCAGAGACGAUUCUGGCACCAAACCGCCCACACCGCACGAGGAGCAGCCCUUGCUGCGUCCCGAUGUUGAAGCCCUCUGGAAGCCUCCAGUAGGCUUUGUCUGGAUUCAACUAGCAAUCAUGUCGAAUGUAUUCCUGUCGGGUUUCGACGGCACCAUCACUGCCUCAACCUAUGCUGUGAUCAGUUCCGAAUUCAACGCAGCCAACACCGCCUCGUGGCUCACAACCUCCUAUCUAAUUACUAGUACCGCAUUCCAGCCACUAUAUGGUCGCUUCUCAGACAUUUUCGGUCGCCGGACCUCCUUCUUUACAGCGACAAUAACCUUCAUGAUCGGCUGCCUGGGUUGUGGGAUUGCUAAAGAUAUCGUCUUUCUGAAUCUGAUGAGAGCGCUGACCGGCAUUGGCGGAGGAGGCUUGAUGACAAUGGCUACUAUAAUCAACUCCGAUCUCAUUCCUUUCCGCCGUCGCGGAAUGUAUCAGGCCGUACAGAACGUCAUGCAUGGAUUCGGGUCCAUCUGCGGCGCAUCGUUUGGAGGAACCAUUGUCGAUUCAGUGGGAUGGCGCUGGUGCUUUCUAUUACAAGUACCAGUCGGCUUUCUAGCUCUGGUUACGGGUCAUCUUGUUUUGAAUCUUCCAACGCAAGACAAGUUUGCCAGUGAAGGCAGAAGUCUGCGGACAAUCUGGAAAUAUGUCGAUUUGUCUGGAGCUUGUGCUCUGAUUGUUGGACUUUCAACGCAGUUGGUUGGUCUUAGCUUGGGUGGAAAUGAGCUCCCUUGGUCCAGCGUAUGGGUGAUCUUGUCAUUCGUGGCCAGUAUAUUAUCACUGGGCCUUUUCGUACUCAUCGAAGCGAGGACAACUGCGAUUCCAUUGAUCCCCCCUCGAAUGUUGAAAGGCGUUCUGCCUGUUGCUACGCAGGUUGCCAAUGUCUGUGUGGGAAUGGCUGCCUAUGCGUUCCUUUUCACGCUUCCAUUACUGUUUCAGGUAAUCCUUUUGGAUUCCCCUUCUAAAGCUGGUGCUCGACUUGCUGUACCAUCUCUGGCUACUCCGAUUGGUGGUGUGAUCUCUGGCUACGUGAUGUCGCGCUGGGGUAAACUGGCCUACCUAGUCCGUACAGGCUCGUUUCUCAUGUGCGUUGGCAACAUACUUGUGAUGCUUCUUCAGUUCAACGACGCAGAGUGGAAGUACUACGUGGCCAUGAUCCCCGCCAGUCUUGGACAAGGCAUCACUUACCCAGGGAUUUUGUUCACGUUUCUUGCCGCAUUCGAUCACGCGGACCAUGCCGUUUCAGCGUCCACCGUCUAUUUGGUCCGUUCGAUGGGUACGGUGUGGGGCGUCGCCAUUACGUCCACGAUCAUCCAGAACACCUUGCGCUCAGGCCUCGCUGAGGCCUUGAGUGGAAUACCUGACAAAUGGAAAGUUAUCGACGACAUCAGACAUUCAGUGUCUGCCAUCCAUAGUCUGCCACCAGAGAUCCAGCUGGCUGCGCGGAUGGUCUACUACCGGGGCAUCCGACUGUCGUUCUUGGCGUCAGCGUGUUUUGGAUUCGUUGCUGCUACAGCGGCACUCUUCACUCGCGGAAAGGGCCUUCAUCGCUCCAGCGAGGCGUAG